CCAUCACUUAUCUAACCUACGGGUUUAUGUUAGUGACGGGAGUUGCGAUUGCAGUUUACCAUAAUGACAAGAAGACAUUCUUGUCCUCCAAUGGUACAAGGACGGGUCUUCCGUUGGCGUUGAACUUUAUUGCGAGCGGUUAGUAUACUAGCAGCUAAAGUUUAGCAUUUCCAAUCAAAAUAUCACAUCUUCAAACUACUCUUUUUUCCACAAUAUUGAUAUACGGGUGCUUGUGUAAUACCAGGCUGAGAUUAUACCGUCAAACUCGAACAAGUUAAUACUUGCGUGAGGAUUAUUUGAUAUUGAUGGAAUUUGUUAAAUAGGAGCGAACAUUUGUUCCUAGUACUAACUUUUUUAGCGAUGGGAUGUGGAAUCUUGACCACCUAUACCCAGAUUGCCAACAUUGCCGGUAUUCACGGUCUUUUGGUGUACACCAUUUCUGGAGCCAUUCCUAUCUUCCUGUUCUCUCUGUUCGGCCCUAUGAUCAGAAGACGGUGUCCUGAAGGGUUCGUGCUUACCGAAUGGGUAUUCCAAAGGUUUGGGCCGGUGACUGCUUUGUAUCUGUCGGCAUUCACCAUUUUCACCAUGUUUCUUUUCAUGUUGUCUGAACUGACAGCUAUCGAGUACGCCAUAGAGGCAUUAACUGGUCUUGAUGCCACACCGGCCAUGGUGGUUGAGUGUGUGGUCACUACGAUAUACACCUUCUUGGGAGGAUUCCAUGUGUCUUUUAUCACGGAUGCCUUCCAGGCCGCUUUUGUCCUGGUUUUGUUGGUCAUUGGUGUUAUCGGCUAUGCCACCAGUAUACACAUCAACAUGGACCUGAAGCACGCUACAGAAGACCAACUAUUGCAUGCGAACAAGCUGGGAUGGAUGCUCCUGUAUAUUCUUCCAGUUGCCAUCAUCACCAAUGACUGCUUCCUCUCUGGAUUCUGGCUUAGAACUUUCGCGGCCAAGACAGAUAAGGACCUGUACAUCGGUGCUUCCAUUGCCGCAGUUGUUGCGGGUAUUGUUUGUACGCUUGUUGGUCUUCCGGGCAUUCUCGCUGUGUGGACCGGAGACAUGACAGUGUACGAUGAGAAUGGAAGCAACGCUUUCUUCAUCCUUGUCUCCAAGAUGGACAACUGGGUCAUUGGUGUAAUUCUCAUUUUCUCGAUUGGGAUUUCCACUGCCACGUUCGACUCGUUGCAGAGUGCCACUACUUCCUCGAUUUCAAACGAUAUUUUCAGAAACAAAGUCAAUAUCAUGUGGGUGAGAUUCGUCGUCAUUCUCGUUAUGGUGCCUUCGAUUGUGGUGGCAGUGAAAGCUGCUACCAAUGUUCUUCAGAUUUAUCUGAUUGCCGAUCUAGUUUCUGCGUCGGUCAUUCCAAUCAUCUUUUUGGGUCUUUCCAAGAGGUUUGACUUUUUGCGCGGUCUUGAUGUGAUGGUUGGUGGUCUAGGAGCUUUGGUUGCGGUUUUCAUCUAUGGUACAAUUUAUUAUGGCAACGCCAAAGAAGGCGCACGUCUGCUUUUAGUUUGGAACGGUAUUUACUCUGAUGAAGACUGGGGUGCUUUUGGUGCCUUUGUGAUUGCUCCUAUUGGUGGCUGUCUGAUUGGAUUUGCUUGUGCUGCCAUUCGGAUCUCCGUCUUGAAACUCAAGGACAAAAUCAGAGGGAGUGACCGUUUACCUGAAGUAGAGGUGCAGCAAGAGCUGCUGGAGGAUGACGAAAGUCUCAAAAAGAGCAAGCUCAAGGCUUUAGCUGUCGGGCUUGUGUAAAAGAACAAUCACGUUCUAGUAUUAAUAUUAUACGACAUAUAGUUUGUUGUGAAACGG